AUGACUUCCUUUCCAAGGCUACCAAGGCUCAGAGUAGAUGACGAGAACAUGGAGAAGAUCCAUUGUGGGGCACGGAGGGGGCAGACGGAAGAGGUAAAACGUCUCGUGGAACUGGGCGUUGAUCCGGCGAUCCCCAACAGGUUUGGCUGCACCGCGCUGCACUUGGCCUGCAAGUUCGGACAAGUGGAAGCCGCAAAAUACCUCGCCUCAAUCUGUGAUGUGCACGGUGCGUGGCAUGGGCAGAAGCCACUGCACCUCGCCGUCCUUGCGAAUAAGGAGGAGCUUGUGGAGGCUCUCGUGGCAGGGGCGAAGGAGCGCGGUCGGAAUGUGGAGAUUAUGUUAAAUGAAUGUGACGACUCCGCCAUGGAUGAGAUUGGGGAGCACCACAUUCAUACGGACGGCCAGACCGCGCUGCACUGGUGCGUGGCGUUGGGUGAGGACUACUUGUCCAUGCUGAAGUUGCUUAUCAAACUGGGUGCCUCCCCCACGACAAAGAACAAGGAAAACGUGACGAGUAUGAUGUAUGCUAUAAGGUUUGGAAACGAGGCCGCAAUGGAGGCCAUGCUGGCGGGUGUGAAAACGCAACAACUGCGACUUGACUAUCAGGACAAGGAAGGUAGGACACACCUGCAUUAUGCUAUUCUGUACAACCGUCAAGAUUACGCCAUGCGGUUCAUUGAGAUGGGGCAUGAUCCGCAAAUUGAGGAUGACAAGCAUGACACGCCACUCUUCCUUGCGCUUCGUGCAACCAUGCCGGAGCUUUUGACGUACCUUCUGCAGAAUGUGGAUCAGUUUUCGGUGCAACAAGCCCCUUUUCACAAUGGUUCCGUAGUGAUGCCGGAACGCAUUGAGUGGUUGAGCUUUGCGACUGACGAGCAGGCCCGGGUGGAGUGCAUCCGCUUAUUCCAGAAGCGCCUAGAUGAGGUGAGCUUACGACCAGAGGAGGCUGAAAAGAAGAAGGCGAAGCCGACUGCGAAGCGGAUGAAGUUGGCGCCCUCCGCCCCUAUUCGAAGUCGCAGCAUUGGAAAUUCCACAGCGAUACGCAGUAGAAGCAUUGGCAACCGUAAUAAGUGA